GCCGACAUCUACCGUUCAAUCUUCAAGUUCGGUGUCUUCAACGCCAUUCAGACCAAGUGCUUCAACAGCAUCAUGAAUUCAGACGAGAAUAUUGUCAUAUCUGCCCCUACGGGAUCGGGAAAGACUGUAUUAUUCGAGUUGGCAAUGAUACGGAUCCUUAUGAACGAUCGUGCCGGGCGAUCGAAAUGUGUCUAUAUGGCACCCACAAAGGCUCUUUGCGCAGAAAGAGCUCGAGAUUGGGCGACGAAGUUUGAAGGAAUCGGAGUGAAAUGUUGCGAGCUUACUGGCGAUACUGCUCAAUUUGGAUCGAGCGCGUGGGGCGACGCUCGACAUGCCAGCAUCAUCGUCACUACGGGCGAGAAGUGGGAUAGCCUGACACGCCACUGGUCGGAGUCCGCAUACAUUUUGGAUCGAAUCAAACUUUUUAUGGUCCAUAUUCUGAAUGAGUCCCGGGGAGGUACACUUGAAGUUGUGGUCUCUCGUAUGAAGAAUCGCGGAACACAAGUCCGUUUUAUGAUGGUCUCUGCCACUGUCCCCAAUAUCGUGGACAUUGCAAAUUGGGUGGGAUGCGCAACCUCUGACCAACCAUGCCAUGGUCCGGCUGAGAUCUUCGAGUUUGAUGAGUCAUUCCGGCCGUGCAAGAUUACAAGAGUUGUCAAAGCCUUCCAGCGACCUCAGAAUAUGAAUGAUUUCGCAUUUGCCAAGAUACUUGAUGCUAAACUCUUCAACGUCCUACAAGAACAUAGCAGGAAAAAGCCGAUCUUGAUCUUUGUCGCCACGCGCAAAGGUGUGCUAGCAACAGCCGAGCGGCUGCUUGCGGAUUAUUCCAAUGCGUUGGGUAAAGGGCUCGACGUCCCUUGGCUCAAACCGAAAAGUUGCGAUCGGAUGUUCGAUGACAAACGCUUGGAGCGGCUAGCUUUGUAUGGCAUUGGCGUGCACCAUGCCGGUAUCAGCAUGAGCGAUAGACGAGCAACAGAGGAACUGUUCUUGAACAAAUUCCUGAAUGUUGUCGUCGCUACAUCGACGUUGGCCGUUGGCGUGAACCUCCCCGCGCACACUGUUGUCAUCAGAGGUGUCAAGGUUUAUCAUAACAACACCUGCCAGGAGUAUUCCGAUUUGGACGUUAUGCAAAUGAUAGGUCGUGCCGGUAGACCGCAAUUCGAUAACGAAGGCCUUGCCAUCAUCAUGUGCGAGCAGCAGCUUGAAUCGAAGUAUCAAGCGUUAGCUCAAGGGAAAACCCUUCUUGAAUCCUGUCUGCAUUUAAACCUUUGCGAGCACAUUAACUCCGAGAUUGGUCUAGGCACCAUAACCGAUAUCCGCGGUGCGCGAAAAUGGCUGAAAGAUUCGUUUCUCUUCCAAAGGAUACAACGCAAUCCAUGCUACUACCACAUCGGGAAGAAUGCUGAAGAAACAUGGGAGAACAAGUUUGACCGGUUAGUGGACGAAACCGUCAAGCGACUCGGGGACCACGAGCUACUGCAAACCCCUGGAGACGCCGACGGCGAUGAGAGCAGGUUGCGCCUAACAGAGUAUGGAGAGAUCAUGAGCAAAGUGAGUAGAUCUUCUAUUGGCCUUGCUAGCUUCUUUCCUGACCUAUGUUCUUCUGCAGUCUAUAUUAAAUUACGUACGGACGAUGGCGUCCGUUUCAAGCUCAGCAAGAUAGAAAAGCCUGGCGACAAGAUAUUUAUCCUCAUGCAGGCCGUAUUAGGUGGCGUUUAUUUGAAUUCGCCUGAGUACAGAACUGCGGACAGCCAACCAUAUCUGGAAUCGACGACUAUCUUUCGACACGCUCCCCGCAUAGCAAAGGGGAUCGUAGAAGUGGCUGUCAUCAAGAAGUCAGCGACUCAGCUCCUCCAUGGACUGGAACUGUGCCUCUUGAAUCGAAGACCUCCAUACGGGCAAGAAAUCCUCGAGAGCUGCAAGGAGAUUCCUACAUACCGACUCGAGAUUUCGGAAGUGGAAAUUCGCACUAAGGAUGGAAGAGGGCCAGUGCACGUGAAACUCAAAGUAGAUUGCGGUCGUAUCCUCCACGAAGGCACAGGGUCCAAUCAUUCGAGGCUGAAGAAAGCCAGACACCGGUCGGAUAAGACUUGCAUUCUGACUAUGACCUCCGAUCAUCAAUUCCUCGACUUCCGCACCAUACCAACGAAAUUGCUGCAGGGAUCGAAAUCAUUCACUGUGAUAGCAUCCCUGAUCAAACCGAGUCAAUCAGUCAUCAUCUCCAUCACAUCGGAGAGCGUUGCAGGCAAUGGGGUUACCAGGACCUACAAGCCGGAGAUCGAUCCGAAGCAGUAUCCUAUACUGGACACUCGACCGCAGACAUCAGCGGCAAGGACAUCACUACCAUUUCGAGCUUCACACUGA